AUAUAGAGGUAACUUAAAUCACAAUGUCACAAUCUACCCCGGUCGCUCCAUUAAGUUCUGUGGUGCACACAUUACCUAGUUUAACCACCGAACCACCAAAGGCCGGAUUAUGGUCUUCCAAUCCAGUCUUCAGUUAUAUCAAUGACGUUUACACCACCAUCAGUGAACAUCGUGCUCUGCUUGGAUUGAACAACCCAGGUACCAUCGAAAACUUGAACAAGGAAGUUGCCCGUGAUGUUUUCUUGAACCAAUAUUUCUUCACUGGGUUGCGUGCUGAUUUAAACAAGGCCUUCUCCAUGAGUCCAGCCUUCCAAACAUCCCACACUUUAUCCAUUGGAUCUCAAGUUUUGCCAACCUAUGCAUUCUCAGCUUUGUUUGCUACUGACGACUAUUUCGUCCAAGGUAACAUUGACAAUGAAUUGUCCUUUUCCGGUAGAAUCAACUAUGGUUGGGAUAAACUGAACAUCUCCAAAUUGACUUUACAAUUGGCCAAUGGACAACCAGCCAUGGUUCAAUUAGAACAAGAUUACCAAGCCAAUGAUUUCUCCAUCAACGUCAAGACCUUGAACCCUAACUUCUUGUAUGGUGGCUUCUCCGGUGUCGCCGUUGCCUCUUUGUUACAAUCCUUGACUCCUAAAUUCGCCGUUGGUUUAGAAGCCAUGUACUCCAAGCAACCAUCAUCUCCUCCAGACACUGCUGUCUCUUAUGUUGCCAGAUACAAUGCUGAAAAAUGGAUUGCUUCUGCUCAAGUUCAAGCCCAAGGUGCCAUCAUCGCUUCUUUCUGGAGAAGAGUCACUGAUAAGGUUGAAGCUGGUUUAGAAACUCAAGUCGCCGCUACCAUGAAGCAAGUUGCUGAUCCAUUAAUGGGAACCAUUGGUUUUGAACCAGUCAUUGAAGGUCAAACCACCAUUGGUGCCAAGUAUGAAUAUAGAACUGCUGUUUUCAGAGGUCAAGUGGACUCCUUAGGUAAAGUCUCUGCAUUUUUAGAAAAGAGAAUCUUGCCUACUGUGUCUAUAUUAUUCAGUGGUGAAAUCGACCACAGCAAGAACAGUUCCAAGAUCGGAUUGGGUUUACAAUUUGAAGCUGCUGGUAAUGAACAAUUGAUGUUGAUGCAACAAGGUUUGGUUGAUGCUCAAGGUAACCCUGUUCCUGGAGCUCCUCAAGUUUAGAAAUUGGGAUAAAUAUUUUGUAUAUAAUAAAAAUUCUUAUAAAUAAAUACGAAAAAACGAGUCAAGAAUUUAGCCCCAUCCGAAUAAUCUUGCGGCAAAACUAGUAGUACGUGGAGGCGUAGGUUUUGAACUAAGCAUAUUAAAUAUUUCCUUGGAAUUAAGUUGGGUGGUUGCAGAUGUAGGAGCAACCGGUGCUGACGGAACUAACGGAUGGGCAAUGGCUGAGGAUCGUCGUGAUGAGAGCCUUGUUUGAUAAUCAUGGGGUAAUUUCGACAUACUUUUGGCUGAUUUCAAUUCCUCCCGUUCCUGAUUUCCAUGACGCACAGUAUUGUAAAUAUGAUUCAAGUCGUAGCUCCGAUAACUGUUCAUACUAUAGAUACUUCGUGACUUCGGUAUUCCUCUCGUAACAGGAGCAGUCGUGCGUUGUGGCGCUGGUGCCGGUGUAGGCUCCAUCCACCCACUUUCUUGUGUAUAUAAUUCACUAAUUGAACUUCGCCUUGAUCUUCCUUCGUGUACGAUUGAAUUAGCUCUGGUUGUAGCCUCGAGUGUUUGUUCGUAUUCAUCAAGAAGCGAAUCUAGAUCGGACUUGUUGUCAAUGUUGUUGUCUUGGGGUAUUGGUGGAUGAAACGGGUUGUAACUGGGAUUGACCCGCGGGGUAGGAUGGUGGAUAAGGUGGCUUGGUAUAGGAUCAUGUAACGCGAAACGGGGCGGACUUAUUGCUUCUUGUCGUGGGGAGAUUGGUGCUGAUGGUGGAGAUUCGGGUAUUGUGUCAUCAAGAGUGAAAUGUGAUUUGGCUUGAACGGGUGUUAGUUGCAGUGCUUGUACUAGAGUCUGUGGCAGGAUCAGGCGUUGUCCCAGAACAUACAAGUUUCGAUAUUGGGCAUACUUUUCAAACGUAGUUUCUAAUAGAUCCACCACGUUUGUUUCUUCUGUAGUUACACUCAACCUCCAAUAUCGUUCAGGAUUGACUAAUGGGAUUAUGAAUUGGUUAAAACUAGCACGAAGGAUCUUAAUCUUGGGCAACAAGGGAUAUAUGAAUGAUUUCCCGCAUGAUAAAUACGUCACAUCACCAUUAUGUAAUUGAAAUAUUUCAAUUUCACCUUGUGCAAGUAAUGUUCCGCUUGAGUUAUGUUUUAUCUGAUCAAGAAACUGAAUAAUUGUUCCUGUUUUGUACUUGAAUAGUGUUAGUUUGUGGGCAAUAUCAGGCAUGGAAAUAUCUGGUUCGACUUCUUGUGGAGGCGUAUGGCGUUUCAAUUGUUUAAGGAGGGUGACUGGGUGCGAUUUGUCAGAGUCAUCAUCGAGUUUAUGUCUCAUUAGGGUUUGUUGUCGAGGACUUGCCAAUACUGAA